AUGGCAGCCAAGGUCACGUCGACUGUCGCUUCCGACGAGAAGCAGCUCGAGCAAUCGCUGUCAGAAGAAUCGAAGUCAGAAAGCUCUCGAAUGGAGCAGCGCGAAUCUCAGACAGGACACAACAAUGACGUCGAGGCUGGCUCACAGCCGGAUACGCUGACUGAAGCCGACAAAGAGGCCGCCGCCGAGCCUUCAUCAGAUCCGAAUAUCGUUACUUGGGACGGGACCGACGACCCAAAUCGACCUCAUAACUGGACCAAGAAAAAGAAAUGGGGCAAUAUGGCGAUGGUCUCUUCCAUUUGUUUCCUCACGCCGCUCGCUUCAUCAAUGGUUGCUCCGGGCGUGCCGCUCGUCAUGCGCGAAUUCAAUACCAAUGAUGAAAUGAUCGGCUCAUUCAUUGUUUCCAUCUACAUCCUGGGAUACGCGAUAGGACCACUAGUGAUCGCUCCUAUGUCAGAGGUCUAUGGCCGAUUGCCUGUAUACCACGUCAACAACGUUCUCUUCGUCAUCUGGACCAUGGCGUGCGCUCUAUCUCCGAAUGUUGGAGCGCUUCUGGUCUUCCGACUGUUUGCUGGUCUCGCUGGCUCCUGUCCGAUCACAAUAGGCGGAGGUUCGAUAGCGGACACUUUCAACCAGGAAGAGCGAGGAGGCGCCAUGGCCCUCUUUGCACUAGGACCACUCUUCGGCCCUGUGAUUGGCCCUGUAGUUGGAGGGUUCUUGUCUGAAGCCGCUGGCUGGCGCUGGGUGUUCUGGCUCAUUACAAUUGCAGCAGGAGUAUUGACAACGGCAGCGUUCUUCCUUAUGCGAGAAACAUAUGAGCCCGUGCUGCUGGAACGCCGAACCGCCCGCCUGCGCAAGGAAACAAACAAUCCCGAUCUCCGAUCGAAGCUUGCGACCGAUCUCACCAAGAAAGAAUAUUUCAUUCGCGCGAUCGUGCGUCCGACGAAGAUGCUAUUCCUCAGCCCAACCAUCCUAAUCUUCUCUGUCUACAUGGCUAUCGUCUACGGCUACUUAUACCUCUUGUUCACCACAUUCACCCUCGUCUUCGAAGGUGUCUACCACUUCUCCCAGGGCACCGUCGGCCUGACCUUCUUGGGUGUCGGCGUAGGAUCGCUGCUUGGUCUGGGCGUCUUCGGCAGCAUGUCUGACAAGCUAGUCAAGCGGAUGACUGCUAAGCACGGAGGUGUCAUGAAGCCCGAAUAUCGUCUGCCGCCACUCAUACCCGCAAGCUUCUUACUACCAAUUGGAUUGUUCUGGUAUGGCUGGUCCGCGGAGAAACAUGCGCAUUGGAUCGUGCCGAUCAUAGGCACAGCAAUUUUUGGACUGAGCACUAUUGCCAUGUUCAUGUGUAUCCAGACUUACUUUGUCGACUCAUUCACCGUGUAUGCUGCCAGCGCUAUCGCCGCUAACACGGUGCUGCGAAGCUUGGUAGGUGCUUUUCUGCCGCUUGCCGGACCGAAGAUGUAUAGUACACUUGGUCUCGGGUGGGGCAACUCUGUCCUUGGCUUCAUAGCCAUUACUAUGAUUCCAGUGACCGUUCUCUUCUACUGGAAGGGCGAGUACAUCAGGACACAUCCUCGAUUUCAGGUCAAUUUCUAA